CCAUACUAUGUGCAAUUUUAAACUUUCAGUGAUAAUUUAAAUAAAUUAAAUUUCAACUAACCAUUUAAGAGUUCAAUUAAACUAAGUAAAUUUAAAUGUAAACCGCAUUUAUUUCUGAUUUUGUGCCUUCUAGCGAAGUAUAAGAUCACAAUGUUAUCUGAGAGGAGUACCAAUGGCCAAAAACUGCUAUAUAUGCAACAAGCAAGAUGGAGGUGUCGAGAAAACGAAAGUUAACAUAUUUGACACAAAGACUCCAAUAUCAGACAAAAAGGUGUCAGAACUAUUAUUUGAUAUAUCAGGAAUUGAAGUGCGAGAAAAAUGCAAAGAACAAAAUAAUUUGUGUGCAAAAUGUUAUAAGAAAAUCUUGGAAUAUGAUUACCUACUGGCUAGACUCAAUGAAAUGAAAGCUGAAACUGCAAACAAUAUAAAUCGAUCAGAAGACAUUCGAUUGAUAGAUGAAGAAAUAAAACAAGAGAUACAAAGUGAUACAGUAAAAAAAGAAACAUUAGAAAGGGAUUUGAAGAAAAAAGUUCCCUUAGUGGUUCCUGCUUCCAAAUUAAAACCUCUUCCUCCUGGUUUUAAUUUGAAAUUGAGCAAAUAUUUAACUAACACAAGUCCGGUUAAAACAGAAAAAUUAACAACUGAAGUACAAGUGCAAAAUAAAACAACACAAAAUAUGGCUUAUAAAGUACCACUUCUUCUACCUAAUCAGUUAACAACAUUUUUAAAUAAAAAACAACUGAGUUGUGAUGAUUUUGUUGUUGUGAAAGAAAAGGAUGAAGACAAUAAUGAUGAUCGCCCUAUGGAGAUUGAUGAAGAUGCAGUAAUAAUGGAAACCGAGAAUGGUAUUAUCAGUGUUGUGUCCCAUCAGAAGUUUUUAUAUGGCAAUACUGAAUUGGCACUGGUAAUGCCUGACGGAGAUGUCCUAGAUCAUCAUCAUGAUGAUGGGCAGGAUUCAAACUCUGAUCAUAUCGAGUUGCAAGUUUCGGGUGAUGAAGAAACAGCCAAAGCUAUAAUAGCUGCAACAAAUGAACAAGGUGGAACAUUUAUAAAGGUCGGAAGCGGUGAGAUGUACGAAGUGAAGUCAGUGGAAAGUAAGAUCAAUGACGUGAGCCAAUCGACGGAAGAUAUUUUAAGGUUGGACGAAAAUAUGGUGGAAGUGGAUGGAGAUAAAUUCAAAUGUCUAUUUUGUGAGAGGAUAAAUAAAAAUGUGAAUGCGGAUCCAGUGAAGGGUGAUGCUGAAUGGAUGAUGCUCCAUUUAAAGACUGUACAUUCGGCUCGUUUGUACUUAUGUAAUUGUGGCGCUAUUAUACGGAAAAGGGUGGAUUUUAGCGCUCAUAUAGAACAGCACGCAAACUCGAAUAGUGUGAUAAGCCCAGAAACUGCGGAGAAACUUAGCAAACUUCAUGAAUGUGGUAUUUGUAAGAAGAAAUUUAGCUCUCGUCUCGUCCUAUCCGGUCACAUGAACUCUCACACUGGCGAGCGUCCGUAUACGUGCGACAUAUGCGAUCGUUCCUUUGCAUCGCGGUAUACGCGACAAGCGCAUAUGAAAACGCAUACUGACCGCCCGCGUCCAUACAUAUGCAAUCAAUGCGGGAAAGCAUUUUUGACGCCCCACAAUCUACAACAUCAUGAAAAGAUACAUUCCGGUACUAAGGACUUCGUUUGUAAAUGUUGUGGUAAAGCAUUCGGGUCCCAACAUAACCUCGAAGUACACGGCGUGAUACACACCGGAGUGAAGCCGUUCGUGUGUACAGUCUGCGACAAAGGUUUUGCCCGUCGCGCUGAAGUUAAGGAUCAUAUGAGGAUACAUACGGGUGAGAGACCAUUUGAAUGCGAAACGUGUGGUGCUCGUUUCUCCCAGAGAUCGAACCUACACUCGCAUAGAAGGGCGACCCAUCUUCAAGACAAGCGACACGAAUGUCCACAUUGCCCCAAGCGAUUUAAACGACGGCGGUUAUUAGAAUACCACAUAAAGUCCACUCACACGGGCGAGCGUCCGUUGCAGUGCAACGUGUGUGAUGCUACCUUUAUAUAUCCCGAACAUCACAAGAAGCAUAUGCGUAUUCAUACCGGAGAAAAACCUUUUGUUUGCGAGGUGUGCGGUAAGGGGUUCAAUUCCCGCGACAACAGAAACGUACACCGGUUCACACAUAGUGAUCGUAAACCGUACGAAUGUGUCCUAUGCGGUGCCGGGUAUAUGAGGAAAAAUCAGCUUUACCAACAUAUGAAUAUUACGGGUCAUCUAUCGGAGUCUAUAGUUGUGAACCAACCGAGAGUCACACAGAUCGAAGACGAGGAAUCAAAAAUUCAGUCUGUUAUCAUAAGCGGGGACGGCAAAGAUGGUAAAAUAUUGGAGACGGUGUACGAAAGUGAUUUACAAGCUUUAGCCGGAGAUGCGGAUAAAGUUGUGGUGUCGGAAACCGCAACUCCAAGCCAAUAUAUCUUAGCUGCAGGAACUAAAACAAUGGACGAGAUACAAGAAUGUGAAACUGUGGACGAAGAUUGUACAUUUAUUUCUAUAGAGAACCUAGAACAAGCCGCACAGAUCGACGGUACCGUCUUAGAAAAUCUCACAUCUGAUCAACUCGAACAAGCUCAUUUACUAAGCGACGGUAAUAACACGCUACGUUUAAUUCAAAUACAACUUGCCGAUGGCGGAUGCGGGUGGGUUGCGGUCAGUCAGUAGAUACAAUUGUUCAAGCGAAGUUAUCAAGGAUAUUUUAUUAAAAAGUCUAAAUGAGAGAUAAACUUAUCAAACGUCAGUUGAGGAACUGACGAAAAGAAAGCGGAAGAAAGAAGAAAAUUAUUGUUGGGGGAGGGUUCAAGUAUUAUAUGGAUUACGAACUUUUAGGUACAACGAGUCACGCAACGUUACUAUUGGUGAAUAACGUUACGUUACGUUACAUGGGGGGGGGGGGGGAGAAUCUCCAAAAAUUGCGUGACGUAAUACUUGAAUUACUGCGCUCGCGUCUAAGGGAGCGAUUCUGUUAUGAUAUCAAUGGGACGGAAAAGAAAAAAAACCGCAAUUAUUGCAACUAUUGUGAAUUUGUUAAAUCAAAUUAAUUAAUUAAUAUCCAAUGAACGUCAACGCAAUAAGAAAAGAAUCAAAUGAUUGAAGAAAAACUACAAAUUUUUAAGAGAAAUAUCACACGUAAUGAUUAAUACUGCUGUGUAUUUUAUGCCUAAUGACCACAUCAAUUUUAUAGUCUAAUUAUUAUUGUAUAUACAAAUUUAUGGGACUUUUAUUUAAAUUGCAGAUUAAAAAGUUAAAUAAAUUUCAAAUAGGAUACAAGAUCUGAAGCAUUAUGACUGCAUCAGUCUUGCUGUUUUAACAUUUUAUGAAAAAGCAUUAUACAUAGAAUUGAAAUUCAGGAAACAGUCGGUCAUCAACGUUUAAGUCCAUUUUUUGGAGUUUUAGAACAAACGAACAUAUUAAUCGGUAUUCCUGGCAUGUACCUUAUCUGUGCCUAUUACUAUAAAAUUACGGUUUCAUUGCAAGAUAACUAAAUCUAAAUUUUGCAUCAUAUUGAUGAAGGCUUUCGUAAUCUGGUAAGACCAAAAUAUUGCUCAAGGCUUAGCCAUAACAGUCUAUGUACAAGGUCAAAAACCAAAUUUGUAUGAAAAUUAGAGUUUGUGUCAACAAAUUUGGCUAAUCUAAUUUGGCUUGCGGAAUACUAGGACUAGGUGUAGACAAGUUUAUUCAAAUUGAUUGUGCCAAUUUCUUCAUAAGCCCUUACGAAAGUAAUAAUAUCUUUGGAAAUGAUUUCAUUUUCAGUAGACAUAAAUUGUAGAAAAAUAUGUACAGACUAGAUGUAAUGUAUAUAAAUUCUUAGUCAAUUAUGUAUUUAGUGAGGUUUACUGUGUAGUGUAACUACUAAAAAUCAAGUUCUUCGGAUAUUAUUCAGUUCCUAUAGGGUGCGCUGUGAACAUUCUAGGAUUUUAAUUAUACAGUGCUGCAGCAGUGAUAUCAGGUAUUAGCAAUAGACGCUUAGGCCCCUAUUCUAAUUCGUAUAAUGUAACGUAUAAGUCACAAUCUUGUCAAAUGCACUAAUCAAUAUGUCAAACUUCAUAAAAAAAUAGUCUAUCAUCGCCUAGUGUUAAACAUAUUUCACAAUGCACAAAAAAUAAUGUUCUAUUUUUACUUUCACGGUGAUGUUCCAUAAUUACUUGUGACGGUUAUAUUUCUGUGUCUCUUUUAUAAACAUUUUUAUAAAGCAGGUGCCUGAAUAGAGGCAUCGUGGUUUGAGAAUUUUAACUUCACGUUUCAGAUGGUUUAAGCCAACAUAUUGAAAUGAAAUUUCUAGGUCGAAUUCCUGUAAUGUAAAUAUACUUACUAUGUAUAUGUAUAUAUACUUACUAUGUAAAUAUACUUACUAUGUAUGUACUUGUUGUGUAAAUACUGAAAAUCAAAUCAAUAAAUGUUUCUUUA